AUGUCUCAUUACUCCUAUAAAUCAUGCGAAGGUACGAGCAAAUUGUUUCAAGCGAUGUUUCCUGACAGUCGGAUCGCGAGUCAGUUUACAUGCGGAGAAAAGAAAUGUGCAUACUUGGUCUGUUUUGGGCUCGCUCCACACUUCAAACAACUUUUGAAGGACGUUGUGAAAAAAGAAGAAGCUUAUGUACUUAUGUUUGACGAGAGCCUGAAUAGCGUGUGCCAGUCAAAGCAAAUGGAUAUUCACAUUCGUUCAUGGAAUCAUGACAAACACGAAGUUGAAAGUCGCUAUUAUACCUCAGUGUUUAUGGGGCAUGGAACAGCAGAGGACAUGCUUUCUCAUUUUCGUUCAGGCAUAGAAGGAAUUCCUCUCAAAAAAGUUUAUCAGGUAGGAUGCAACUCUCGUUAUGUUUGGGUAAUCCAUGAAAUUGUUUGCAAGAUAUGCUUCUUUGAAGUUGUAUUAUUUCUUACCCUCAAUUAUCGACAUUUCGAAAUAGGCAAUAGCACAAACUUAGUCUUCACACAAUUACCUAAUUUCAAUUAUUCUUUGUCAUAUUGCCACUCUUUUGAAAGACCUAUGUCUUGCCAUUAUUAAAAAGGUGUGAUCAAAUUGGAAUCAAUUAUAUUUUUUCAUGACUGGCAUUUAAUUUCAUCGUUCGCCGGCGAACGAUAAUUACAAGAAGUUGCGUUAAAUUUUUUUUAACAUGAAAAUCUUUCAAUGUCUGUUAUUAUUUUGCUGUAGAAGGGCGAAAGAUGCAAGAUUACUUAAUCUAAUUUAUUGCAUGUAAUAUAAAUUGUGCGUUCACAAUUUAGCCAAUGUUCAAAAAGCGAUCCAAAAAUUGUAAAAUUAAAUAGAAAUGAAAACACCUUACUUGGUUUUCUGCCCUUUAAGGUCUAAAUAAAUCAACACUCUUUCAUUGCAAAUCUUCACAAUUCCAAUGCAUCCAUGACUAGUUCACUUCGUGUCUAGGUGGACAAUGACACGAACUCUGGGACGUAAUGCAAGUACUAAAUUAAAUAAUCUGUUUCCCUUUCAAUAUUACAAGGAAUGUUUUCUCUCAUACUAGUUGUCAAUGGAUGGACCCAACGUUAAUUGGAAAUUUUACAGUAUGCUGACUGAUGAGGCAAAAAGGGAGCAUAAUAGUCACAUGCUGAACAUUGGCAGCUGUGGUUUACACAUUCUUCAUGGAGCAUUCAAGGAUGGUGCUGUGGCAUCAGGAUGGCAGUUAGACAGGUUGUUCUCCAGCCUUCACUGCUUUUUUUCAGGACAGUCCGGCAAGGAGAGAGGACUACACCAAAGUAACAGGAAACUCACUGUUUGCUUUGAAGUUCUGCAAACAUAGGUGGUUGGAGAAUGUCUUGGUUGCAGAACGUACACAGAGUAUGUGGGACAGUGUUGUCAAGUAUGUUCAGAGUGCAAGGGCAGGAAAAGUUCCACAGCCACAGAAUAAAUCCUUUGAAACUGUACAAGAGUUUGUUGCAGAUCCCUUUACGACUGCAAAAGUCGCUUUCUUCCUAUCAGUAGCCAAGCAAGUGACACCGUUUUUGACACUCUAUCAAACCGACAAGCCUAUGCUUCCUUUCCUGGCUACAGACCUGUACAGCAUGCUUGGGGGAUUAAUGAGAAGAUUUAUUAAGACCACUGUUAUCAGUGAAGCCAAAACCCCAUUGAAGCUUACAAAACUUGACCCUGCUGACUCCAGCAUUCAUGCCUCUCAUUCCAAGAUUGACCUGGGGUUUACAGCUGACAAGAAGAUCAAGGAGUCGAUUGCAAAGUCCACAGUUUCAGAGAAAAGAGUGCUUCAGUUUCAGAUGGAAUGCAAGGAGUUCCUUAUGAAAGUAGUUUGCAAACUGAUUGCCAAAGCACCAAUUCAGUAUUCCCUUGUAAGGAAUAUAAAUUGCUUAGAUCCAAGAAACAUGAUGAGUGACCAUGAUGUUUCCAUCACAAAAUUCAAGAGAGUUUUGACUACCCUUGAAAAUGCCAAGAAAGUCCCGGAAGGUGAAUGUGAUUCCCUUUUGGAACUAUUUAGACAAUUC